AUGCGAAGUCUACUUUUCACCGUGGCAUUGUACAGCUUCGCCACGGGACUGCCCAACUAUCACGUAAAGGGGCAUCAAUGGCUUCCUGCAGGGCCGAGAGACAGCCGAUCUCCUUGUCCUGGCUUGAAUGUCCUUGCCAAUCACGGUUGGCUUCCUCGCUCCGGAAAGAAUAUCGACCUGCCAACUCUUCAAGUCGCCGUCUCGGGCGCAUACAACUAUGAUCCUGAUACCUUCGAUGGAGCGUUUAAACAAGCACAAGCCUGCAAUCUAACAACCACAGGCAACUCUUCGACGUUCAAUCUUGCCGAUCUUGCAAAACAUGAUUGUAUCGAGUUUGAUGGAUCAUUAUCACGAAACGACUUCUAUCUUGGAGAUGACUUACACUUUAACCCAAGAAUCUGGGCGACAACAGCGAAGAGAUUAGGCCUAGAUCACGUCUCGCAUGAUCCAUUAUCCAAGUACGUCACCGUCGAGCAGGCUGCUAAAGCGAGGGCUGCUCGCGUCGCAGACGCAAUGAAGGCCAAUCGUAAAUUCAAUGCAUCGGAGAACGAGAUGUUGGGAAGUCCCGGAACGACAGCCUUAUACUUGGUCACACUGUGGGAUGAUGCUGUGGGAGCUGCUCCGAAGGAGUGGAUCAAAUCAUUUUUCGAAUGGGAGCGACUCCCCUUUACAAGGCCUUUAAAACAAAAGACCAACGAUGACAUUAAUGCAAUGUUUCAAAGAGUUCAGGCAGUGAAGGUCUAA